UGGGGCUCACUGCUCCGGGGUGGGCGGGAAGCCUGUGGGCGAGGAAGGCCUCUCCCUAGCUGUGCCUGAGCCACCACACUCGGGCCCCUGCUGUCCCCUCAGCCGCUCACAGAUGGACACGCUCGCCACCCAGGGUCCCAUCGCGAUGGAUUGGUUGAGGGACAAUUUCUGGGUCAUCCUAGCUGUGGCCAUCUUCACUGUGUCCGUGAGCCUGGCCCUCAUCCUGUACUGUGCCUGUAGACAGCUGUUUAGACAAGGCAAGAGGUGGGACGUUGCCAAGCCCUUGGGAAGAGGGCAAAGUGACGAAGAGAAAACGUAUGAGAAUGUUCUUAAUGAAUCACCAGUUCAGUUACCCCCUCUGCCGCCCAGGGGUUUGCUCUUCCCAGAACACACCCUCCCACAGGACACCCCGAGCCAGCCGCCGGCCACAUACUCGCUGGUCAAUAAGGUCAGAAAUAAGACCCUCUCCAUCCCGAGCUACAUCGAGCCUCUAGAUGAUUAUGAUGAUGUCGAAAUCCCCGCGAAAAUGGAGAAGCGUCACUUCUGAAACACCUGUUUCUCCUUUCCGGCGAGCUGAGGAGGGUUCACGCGGAGGAUUGUACGCCAAUCGAGAACGAAAGCCCCUCGGUAACGGGAUCCUCAGAGCCGGCGGUAAUGUGGCGCAGCUGUGUAAAAUAAACAUUUCCUGAGGCUUCGACGGAGAGGCAUCAGCGGCCACAUGACCUCCCAGAAGAAAGGGGCCGCAGCUCUGCCCUGGAGACCCGGAGCGGUCAGGCCUCCAGCUACUGUUGAGGGGUGCCCUGGGGUUCCGUGGCUCCCACUCGUGACAAACCACCCUGUUCUUGACACCCCCCCCACCCGCCUCCCCUUCUCUUGUUCGGUUCUAAGCGAUCCCAGCUCUUGGUGUUGGACUCUGCAGAACACCCAGGCUCUCAUCCCCGGCUGGGCCCCACGGGCCCACCCAGCUGCCACACCCAGGGCCGUGGGUGGGAGAUCCGACCGAGUGCUCCGGCUGAGUGCUCCCGUGUGCAGGUUACUACAUCACACCCGGCAGGCUCUUCAAGGGUGAGUGGUGCUUUCUGUUCUUGAGAACUGUCCCCACCUACACACACCCCACACCCCAGCGCCCCCCCCCCCCCCCCCCCCCGUGAUGUGGGCCGGGCGGACCGCGGAGGUUCAGAUGCUCACCCAGAU